GCAUCCCUUUUCCUCCUCCAUCUCCACCACACCCUCACAGGCGGCGGCGCGCGAAGAAGAAACGAGAGGCGGAACGCGACGAUGUCGGCGCAGACGGCGGCGGUGCCCUUCUGGCGCGCGGCGGGGAUGACCUACAUCGGCUACUCCAACAUCUGCGCCUCGCUGGUGCGCGGCUGUCUCAAGGAGCCCUUCAAGUCCGAGGCCGCCUCCCGCGAGGCGGUCCAUUUCUCCGUCGCCAAGUGGGCCGACGGCAACCAGGAGAAGCCCAGAUCGUCGGAGCGGAGCUGUGAUUGGGACUGGCCGUCGCCGUAAAGGUGCUCCUAGCCUCUACCUUUUGGACACUUUGCAUCUUCCUUCAUCCACCGUGGCUCCGCCUCCUGUGUCUUUCGCUGCAUCGGUCUCUACUGCGUCUUUUGCCCAAUGGCAUCAUCGUCUUGGUCACCUCUGUGGAUCUCGUUUGUCCACCUUAGUAAAGUCAGGAUGUUUAGGCCAUACAUCUGUCGAGUCUAGUUUUCAUUGUAAGGGUUGCAAACUUGGAAAACAAAUACAACUUCCAUAUCCAUCUAGUGUUUCUCAUUCUAGUAGACCUUUUGAUCUUGUUCAUUCUGAUGUAUGGGGCCCAGCUCCUUUUGUUUCAAAGGGUGGUCAUAAAUAUUAUGUCAUUUUUAUUGAUGAUCACUCUCGUUAUACUUGGAUCUAUUUAAUGAAACAUCGCUCUGAGUUGCGCUCCAUUUAUGAGUCUUUUGUUUGCAUGAUUCACACUCAGUUCUCUGCUCCUAUCAAAGUGUUUUGUUCCAACUCUGGUGGUGAAUAUUUAUCUAAUACUUUUCGUCAGUUUUUGGCUUCGGAGGGUACUCUUGCUCAGCUUUCUUGUCCUGGCGCUCAUGCUCAGAAUGGUGUUGCUGAACGCAAACAUCGCCAUCUUAUAGAGACGGCUCGCACCCUUUUGAUAUCUUCUUUUGUUCCUUCUCAUUUUUGUGGCGAAGCUGUUUCCACUGCAGUUUAUCUCAUUAAUAGACAGCCGUCCUCCAAGCUCGCCGGUAAAUGUCCUGGGGAUGUACUUUUUGGUACUCCUCCGAGAUAUGACCAUCUUCGAGUUUUUGGUUGUACAUGCUAUGUCUUACUUGCACCUCGCGAGCGGACUAAACUGACUGCACAAUCUAUUGAGUGUGUUUUUCUAGGUUAUAGUCCUGAGCAUAAAGGAUAUAUGUGUUAUGAUCCUUCUUCUCGCCGCAGUUCGUAUUUCUCGUGAUGUUACCUUUGCGGAAAAUCGUCCUUUCUUUUACAAUUCUUCUACCCACUCUUCAUAUUCUCCCAUAGAGUCUACCUCCUUUAUGUGCCUUCCUCCAAUUUCACCCACUACUAAUGCUCCUGUGACACCACCAUCCACUGUCCCAUUCACUACACCAUCAUCCUCUUCAACUAUUCCUCCUAUUCCUAUUUCCAUCUCACCACCUUCACAUACCUCACCUUCUCCUGCUCCUGCUCCUUCCCAUUCUUUUUCUAAACCACCUGUCACCCAAGUAUACAUUCGACGUUCUAGCACUACCACCUCGGCCAGUCCUGAUGCUCCUGCUGUUGAUGAUUCUACUAAUGUUGAUGAGUCACAUACGGUUCCUGUUGCUCUUGAUCUGUUACAGGAUGGUCAAAGAUACAAUCUACGAGAUCGCACCGUGUUUGGGUAUCCUCGUGCUAAUGUUGUUGUUGGCAAACCAUCCACUUAUCAGGAAGCUUCUCUCAUUCCAGAGUGGCAACUUGCUAUGUCUGAGGAGCUGGCUGCCCUUGAUCGUACUGUCACUUGGGAUAUUGUUCCUUUACCGUCACAGGUUGUGCCUAUUACAUCCAAGUGGGUCUUCAAAAUUAAAACCAAAUCUGAUGGGUCUAUUGAGCGAUAUAAAGCACGCCUUGUGGCUAGAGGCUUCCAACAGACCCAAGGUCGCGAUUAUGAUGAAACCUUUGCUCCAGUCGCACACAUGACUACUGUUCGUACUCUGAUUGCUGUGGCUGCUUCUUCUUCCUGGACUAUCUCUCAGAUGGAUGUCAAGAACGCUUUUUUUCAUGGUGAUUUGCAUGAAGAAGUUUAUAUGCAUCCCCCACCUGGUGUUGAUGCUCCUUCUGGAUAUGUUUGUCGUCUUCGUCGAGCCUUGUAUGGUUUGAAGCAGGCCCCCCGUUCUUGGUUUGAGAGAUUUGCUUCUGUUAUCAGGGAUGCUGGUUUCUCUUCUAGUGAGCAUGACCCUGCUUUAUUUAUUCAUCUCUCUCCACGAGGACGUACUCUACUCUUGUUAUAUGUUGAUGACAUGCUGAUUACAGGUGACGAUCCGGAGCAUAUUUCUCAUGUGAAGAAGCAAUUCAGUGAGCAAUUUCAGAUGUCAGACUUGGGUCCUCUCAGUUAAUUCUUAGGGAUUGAGGUUUUGCAAUCUACAAAGGGCUACUAUCUUUCUCAAUCUAAGUAUAUACUAGAUCUUGUUGCUCGUUCUGGACUUAGUGAUCACCGCAGAGCUGCGACACCUAUGGAACUUAACUUGAAACUUCGUCCUAGUGAUGGUAAACCUUUGGAGGAUCCCUCUCGAUAUAGGCAUAUUGUUGGUAGCCUUGUCUAUCUCACUGUUACUAGACCUGAUAUUGCUCAUGCAGUUCAUAUCUUGAGUCAGUUUGUCAGUGCUCCUACCUCGGUUCAUUAUGGCCAUUUAUUUCGUGUGCUGAGAUACCUAAGGGGGACAUCUUCUCAAUGUUUGUUCUAUGCUCGUGAUAGUCCACUUCACCUUCAUGCCUAUUCAGACGCCACUUGGGCGAGUGACCCCAUCAAUCGUCAUUCGGUUACGGGCUAUUGUAUUUUUCUUGGUUCUUCUCCUAUUGCGUGGAAGUCCAAGAAGCAGGCAGCUGUAUCCCGGUCUAGUACAGAGGCAGAGCUUCGAGCUCUGGCCACCACUACUUCGGAGAUUAUAUGGUUGCGAUGGUUGUUAGCUGACUUUGGUAUCUCUUGUGAUGGUCCCACGCCUCUUCUCUGUGAUAAUACUAGCGCCAUACAGAUUGCACAUGAUCCUGUGAAGCAUGAACUCACAAAGCAUAUUGGUGUUGAUGCCUCGUUCACUCGGUCUCAUUGUCAUCAGAAAACAAUUGAUCUUCAGUAUGUGCCCUCGGAACUGCAAGUGGCAGAUUUCUUCACAAAGGCACAAACUCAAGAACAACAUUGGUUUAACAUGCUCAAACUCAAUGCUUCAGAUCCUCCGCUUCCACCUUGAGUUUGAAGGGGGGUGUUAAGGCCCAUGUGGCCCAUAUUAUCUUCUAUAUAUCUACAAGUCCAAUGUGAGUAACAGAGGCCACCGCUCGAACCUGUGACCUCUCGGUUCACAGGCGGCAAGCACUACCACUGGGUCUCUAAUCUAUUUUGUUCCGAGUUUAUGAGAAUAUUUAUAGUAGUUGCUUAUAUUUUAUUGCUAUAUUGGUCAUAGCCGUUUGUUUUAUAAGUUCUGCAGAAGAAAAUGAGUUGUUUCUCCCUUGCUAUCAAUUAGUUUUUUUCCAUUCCCAUCAUGAAGUAUAGAACUUAAUUAUGUUUAUGUUGCAUACAUAGUGCUCUUUUAUGUUCCUUUUGAAACUAACUUGGUUAGUCUUUUUCCAUUCCCAUCAUGAAGUAUAGAACUUAAUUAUGUUUAUAUUGCAUACAUAGUGCUCUUUUAUGUUCCUUUUGAAACUAACUUGGUUAGUCUUUUUCAGCUAUCCGCAAAGAUUCUGAUUAAUAAAGAUCUGGUGCCACAGUGACCUAGGCUGACCCAAUUGAGAAAUUGUUUCAUCCUGGAUUCGAUGAUCCAUCAUGAGAUCACCCCAUUUUGUUUUUGAUGUCCUUUGGAGGUGUUUGGCUGAAGGGAUGAGGAAUGCAGUGGAUCUCUUGCGUAGACAGCCUGAUAAUUCAUUUAGUUUAUCCCCCCAAAAAUUAUAUAUUAAUUUAAAUUGAUUUUUUAUAUGGAAGCUAGAAAAGCCAUAUCAUACAAUAAGAGGGCAGUCUGUUCUUGUGAGCUGCUGUAUCCGGAUUUAGCUGUUUAGCCGACUUCAUAAUAUGGUCAGGGCUGAAGAAUAAAUUCUGUGACAAUUUUGAGUUGUAAUCACCGUGGUUAAUAUCUCUUUUUGAACAA